AUGAAUAACAUUUAAGGAUAUGGAUUAGAUAAGCCAUCAGUUAGAUUACACUAAGCACCUGGAGGAAAUUCAUCGAUCUCAUUUGGAGAUUAUACUCCUUAAUAGCAAGCACCUAAACCUUUAGGAAGAAAACAAGUCAAUCAACCUCCUGUUUAAUAAUAAUAAUAAUCGGAUGUUAAAACAUCAGUCAAAGUUAGAAAUCCUCCAGGUGGCAGAUCAUAAAUUUAGUUUGGAUGAGUAUAAAUAAUAUAAAUU